AUUAAAACUAGUACAGUUUAGCGUGUUAUUACUGUAUAUAAUUUUUUACACGAAAGCAGAAAAUGCCACAAAAUAUCAAAUAGAACAAUUAGAUACGUUAUUAAUGUAUCCAGGAUGGAAUAAUAUAAAUGUUGUCAACUUCAUAACAUAUAAUAAAAAAACAUAUUAUCUUGAAAAUUUAAUUGAAACACCUACACAUAAAUCUUUUUGUAUGAUAAAGAUACGAGCUUUGACUGUACAUCUUGGAUGCAAAUAUGUAAAAGUUAUGAAUAAUUUUUUUUUAAUUAUAAUAAACGGCCUAUCAUUUUGUAAAAUAGAUGAAGAAAGAAACAUUUCAAAAAACAAUGUUAUCACUUAUACCGAAGAAUUCAUGAAAAUAAUAAUUUUAUUUAUUGUUCCAACAGCAAAAUUGAUGAAAGACGCCAUGGAUGCUUUAGGUUCAAUACAUUAUAAACCAUGGGCUAAUAUUAAAAAAAAAAAAAACAACAAUCACUACAUAAUGAGUCCUUUGUUGGAGAGAAUAGGAGAUAUUUUGGACAAAUUAAACGAACGAACUCUAUCCCGUGAUGAUAUAUAUACAUACAUUUGGGCAUUUCACACUAUAUAUUCAUUUUCUAAUAGUAUAAUAGAAGAUAUACAAUAUGAUACUGAUUCAUAUUGUGAAUUUGUAUCUUAUAAUCAGAAUUAUUUAUGGCAUGAAUGGAUUCUAGAAUAUAAUACUAUUAUAAAACAAGACGAAAAAUUAGUAUUUUUAAAUUUUUUAACCAGAAAAUUUAAAGAUUAUAUCAAGACUGUAAUUAUAGAAAAUUAUUUUCAACUGGGAUUUAAAUUUGAUUCAUUUACUGAAGAAACAUUUUUACCAAAAUCAGGGGAGCAAUAUAUACAAGAAUUGGAAUUUAAAGUAACAGAUGAAUAUUCUCAACGCUAUUACAAAUGAGGCGUAUAGUUUCCAAACAGCUAUAAGUGAAUUUUUUUAAAACGAUUUUUUUGUAUUUUCUAAAUAAUUACACUGUACUAAAUGUCCUGUAAAAAUAUUUUACUUAAAAAUAGGCUAUAACUGGUUUAAAUUAAUCAUGGAAAAAUAUGAUUGGUUUCAAAGUCACCCAUCUAACAAUGUCAAUUUCAAAACAAGCCAAAAACAAUUAUGUUUUUUUUACGGUAAAAUAAUAAUUGAUAAUGAUUAUAUUUUGCCCUACUAUAUUAAUACUGAUUAAUAUUUUUAUAUAUUUAAAUUAUAAGUAUUAAUUUAAGAUUGCAGUAAAAAAUAUAAUAUAUAGUUUUUAUUUCAAUAUUAGUUUCAAAACUACCUAUAUCACAUAUUCAAUUUUUUUAACCAGCCAUGUAUACAGAAAAAAAAAUGUUGACUUCAAAACCAGCCAUCUGAUGAAAUUUGCUAUAAAACCAGCAGUAUAAAAAUUAUAAAACUAAAUAACUCUUGUAAAAAUAUUUUGUUAAAGUAAAUAUUCACACACAAUGUGUUUA